UAGCUCUGUUUCUUAAGCAUGCAUGAGCAUGUUUCUUCUCAAAUUCAUCUUCAAAAACACCUCUCAAAGUUUCCAAGGAGGGAAAGAGCUUCAAACUCUAGUGAAAAAAGUCUAGUUUUGGUUCUGGAAUUGUUCAAAUGGAUGUUAGAAAGGAUUGAACAAACUGGGGAAAGUUCUGGGUUUUAGAAUGGAAGAUAGCUCUGAAGAUCAUGCAGGAUGUUCUACUCCAAGUGCUGAUUCUCUGGAGUAUAGCAGGACAAUCUCUGAAGUUUCAUCUUAUUCAGAACAUAGUUGUUUAGAUGAUGCAUUUUCUUUAGGCUGGCCGAUAUCGGCAAAGUCGACGACAACCACGGUUCGGAGCCCGGCUGUUCUUACUAAACUUGGAAUGAAACAGCAUUGUGAUCUUGUCCCCAGUGGCAAACCAAACAAUGAGGAAGAAGAAAAAAUUGCAGAGCUUGAAUUGAUGAAAGAGAGAUUUUCAAAGCUGUUGUUGGGGGAAGACAUGUCUGGAAGUGGGAAGGGUGUUUGCACUGCUGUCACAAUUUCAAAUGCCAUCACAAAUCUCUAUGCAACUGUUUUUGGACAGUGUUGGAGAUUAGAGCCUUUGUCUCCUGAGAAGAAGUCAAUGUGGAGAAGAGAAAUGGAAUGCCUUCUUUCUGUUUGUGAUUACAUUGUUGAAUUCUAUCCUUCAGUUCAAACAUUGCCUGAUGGAACUACUCUUGAUGUGAUGGCAACAAGGCCAAGAGCAGACAUUUACAUGAAUCUUCCUGCUCUUGAAAAGCUUGACAGCAUGUUGAUUGAAAUAUUGGACAGUUUUGAGAACAAUGAGUUCUGGUAUGUGGACGAAGAGAAUGUAUCGGCGAAUGGAGAUAUAUCAAAGUCAUGUCGGAAGGUGAUACAUCGAAAUGAAGAAAAAUGGUGGUUGCCUAUUCCUUGUGUUCCAGCAGUCGGUCUUCCUGAAAAAACAAGGAAGGAGUUGCAGCAGAAAAAAGAUUGUGCAAACCAAAUUCACAAGGCUGCAAUGGCAAUCAAUAACAGCAUUCUUACCGAAAUGGAGAUACCGGAAACAUACAUGGCAACACUUCCAAAGAGUGGUAGAACAAGUGUGGGAGAUUCAAUAUACAAGUACAUGUCGACAGUUGAGAAGUUCUCGCCGGACUUUCUUCUCAAUUGUCUGGAUAUAACUUCAGAACACGAGGCGCUUGAGAUUGCUGAUCGUGUGGAGGCUUCGAUGUAUGUAUGGAGACGAAAAGCAAGCAUGAACAACUCAAAAUCAUCAUGGGAGAUGGUCAAGGAUUUGAUGAAUGAUGGAGAUAAAAAUCAGUUGCUUGCAAGCAGGGCCGAGACUCUACUUUUGUGCUUGAAACAGCGAUAUCCCGGGCUGUCGCAGACAACACUGGAUACAUGCAAAAUCCAGUACAACAAGGAUGUUGGACAAGCAAUCCUGGAGAGCUACUCAAGAGUGCUGGAAAGUCUAGCUUUCAAGAUUGUUUCUUGGAUUGGUGAUGUUCUCUACAUAGAUGGAUCAGUUAAGAAGCCUUGAUAUCCAAAUUGUUCGAGAAAGUGUCAAUCAAACAAGAGCUGAACAUACCUCUGCAGAUCGAUACUAACCUGCAAAUCGACUACAUUCCGAGACCAGUGAAGUUUAGAGGGGUAAAGAAAGCACAUAAGCUCGAUGUGGUUGUAAAAUCGAACCUAUAUUACAUUUAGAUUGACUUUUAUUUACUAGUAAGUUUUAAUUUUACUAGUAAAUUGUCGUAGAAGUAGUUACUACUUUUGCUGAAUGUUAUUUGUAUUUCUGAAGAAACAAUCCAAUCUUGUGAUUCAAAGCUCCAAAUUAAUCUGGAGUUCCUUCAUUCAAUUAGUUUACUUGAAAGUAAUUUCUAAUGUACAAUCAAGUAUGAAUGAGAACAGUU